AUGGACAGCGGAUCCAACGCAGGCGAAAGGCCGCAGCGCCCACCAAGCCGCCAGCGGCUUUUGCUGUUACUGCCCGCGGGCAGGUGCGAGAGCCCUGGCGGCCGCUGUGCCUCGGCGCCCCGCUUCUCGGCGCUACCCGGCGGUCUAGGGGUGCUGCGGCCCCGCGCUCCGGUAAUCCGCGGCGGCGCGUCACGUGCCUCGCCGCUGCUCCUCCUACUGCUCGUGCCCUACCCCCGCCUGGCCGCUGCAGCACCGCGUCGCCCGCUCGCCGACUGGGAGCGCUCUUGCCCAGGGCUGCCUCUGGCCCGGCCCAGCAGCACGCGGAGGGGCUUGCGGGGCGUGGCCUGUGUCUUUGGCGCCCUGCACCUGUGCCAUGCCCAGGCAGCCGCCCUCGAGCCCUCGAGAGAUCUCAGCCUCUCUGCUGGGUCCUUGCAGCUGCAGCACAAAAGGAGCGAUUUCCCCUCAUCUGGGACUAGGAAGUUCUUCUUUGACACCCAUGCCCUCGUGUGCUUAUUUGAGGAAAAUGGGUUUACUACUCAGCAAGCAGAAAUCAUUGUGUCUGCAUUGGUCAAGAUCACAGAAGCCAACUUGGAUAUCGUCUACAAAGAUAUGGUCAACAAGAUGCAACAGGAGAUCACUCUUCAGCAAAUAAUGUCUCAGAUUGCUAAUGUGAAAAAGGACAUGAUUAUUUUGGAGAAGAGUGAAUUUUCAGCCCUCAGAGCAGAAAACGAGAAAAUAAAACUUGAACUACUUCAGUUAAAACAACGAGUGACGGAUGAAGUGAUCAAAGUCCGAACAGAUACCAAAUUAGACUUCAAUCUAGAAAAGAGCAGAGCAAAAGAAUUGUAUUCAUUGAAUGAAAGGAAGCUGCUUGAAAUGAGGACAGAAGUAGUGGCAUUGCACGCCCAGCAAGAUCGGGCUCUCACUCAAACAGAUAGGAAGAUUGACACUGAGGUUGCUGGCCUCAAAACUAUGCUUGAAUCACACAAGCUUGAUAAUAUUAAAUAUUUAGCAGGCUCUGUGUUUACAUGCCUAACAGUAGCUCUGGGAUUUUAUCGCCUAUGGAUAUAAUAAAGUAUCUAUUUAAAG